AUGACGUCGCCUGGGUAUAAAAAAGGGAAGAGGUUCAGAUGGAUUAUACUCCGAGCAGCCCUCUGGGUUGAGAUCAGUAAACAGGCGAGAGUUGAGGGGGGAAAGUUCCAGGGGUGGAUCCUGCGCACACGCACACACACCGCACACGCGCGCACAGACACACACGCACACUCUGCCCGCAAGCUGUCCUCGGAAAAGGCUCUGUUCUUUUCGCUCCGAUCCCUUUUUAAAAUUUAUCCCAAAAGUUUCGAUUUCGUGUCCUUCCAGCCUCUCCCCCCCCCCCCCCCCCCCCCCUCCCCAGCCACCACCUACCCUCCCUCCCGCCCUCCUCCCUCCCUCCCCCGGCCGGUCCCCGCCGCCCUGCCCCGCACGGUUUGGGGCAUGCCUGUGAGCAUGUUCAGCAUCGACAAUAUCCUGGCGGCCAGACCUCGCUGCAAGGACUCGGUGCUGCUGCCCCCGAGCGCCGCGCCCGUCGUCUUCCCCAGCCUCCACGGGGACUCGCUCUACGGCAGCGCCUCCGACUACGGCGGAUUUUACUCCCGGGCGGUGGCUCCCGCCUCCGCGCUGCCGCCGGCCGUCACUGGAUCUCGGCUCGGCUACAACAACUACUACUACGGGCAGCUGCAUGUGCCGGCGUCCCCCGUGGGACCUUCGUGCUGCGGGGCCGUGCCGCCCCUGGGCGCCCAGCAGUGCUCCUGCGUUCCCCCCGCAGGUUACGAGGGCACUGGGUCUGUCCUGAUGUCCCCUGUUCCCCAUCAGAUGUUGCCCUACAUGAACGUGGGCACUUUGUCCCGGACGGAGCUGCAGUUACUGAACCAGCUGCACUGCAGGCGAAAAAGACGGCACCGGACUAUCUUCACUGACGAACAGCUGGAAGCGCUGGAAAACCUCUUCCAGGAAACGAAAUACCCCGACGUGGGCACUAGGGAACAGCUGGCCAGAAGGGUGCACUUAAGAGAGGAAAAAGUGGAGGUUUGGUUCAAAAACCGCCGGGCAAAGUGGAGGAGGCAAAAGCGAUCGUCUUCGGAGGAAUCAGAAAACGCACAAAAGUGGAAUAAAGCGUCUAAAACGUCACCGGAGAAGAGACAAGAGGACGGGAAAAGUGACUUGGACUCUGACAGCUGA